GUUAUGUCACGUUGCAUUCUCUUCUGCACCUCAGCUGAACCACUGGAAACCACUUUGAUGCUGUUUUCUUCUCUGUUUUAUAGUUUCUUCCAGCACCAAAUCUGCUAGACCUGGAAGCACACAGACAAUGGUACCUUGUGCAAAGAUGUCAAAGGCAUUGCCAUUUAUCUUGCUCUUCAUAUUCCCAAUGCUGCUGUCAGGGGCUUGGUUUCCCAAAACUUUACCCUGUGAUGUCAAACCUUCAGAAGAUACUGUGACAGUGGACUGCACCGACCGGCGCCUUACAGAAAUCCCCAGAGGGAUCCCGGGAAACGCUACCAACCUUACCCUGAGCAUUAACCAUAUUCCCCACAUCUACCCAACAUCCUUUGAUCAUCUUGAAAACCUCCAGGAGAUUGACUUCAGGUGCAACUGUGUGCCUGUCAAAAUGGGGCCCAAAGAUCAUGUGUGCGCCAGCCCACUGAAAAUUGAGAAUGGCAGUUUUGCGGCCCUGACAAGAUUGAAGUCAUUGUAUUUGGAUGCAAACCAGCUGGCAGGAAUACCUCAAGGUCUUCCUGCUACUUUAACCUUGCUGAGCCUUGAAGCAAACCAUAUCUUUUCUAUCCAAAAAGCCAGCUUCUCAGAGCUAGGAAACAUAGAGGUAUUGUAUCUUGGACAGAACUGUUACUACCGCAACCCAUGUAAUGUUUCAUUUGAAAUUGAGGAAACAGCCUUCCUGGGACUGAAAAAGUUAACAAUACUAUCCCUGAAGUCCAACAACUUAACACAAGUCCCACCCAAUUUGUCAUCUACUUUAAAGGAAUUGUAUAUUUACAACAACAGGAUUCAAGAGAUUCAAGAACAGGAUUUAAGUGGCCUUCCCAACCUAGAAAUUCUCGACCUAAGUGGCAAUUGUCCACGUUGCUAUAAUGCCCCAUAUCCUUGCAUUCCCUGUCCCAAGAGCUCGAUUCACAUACAUUCAAAGGCUUUUGACUCCUUGGAAAAUUUAAGGAUUUUGCGGCUUCACAGUAACUCUCUUCAGAGCAUACCCAGCAGCUGGUUUAAAAACAUCAAGAAUCUCAAAGAACUUGACCUCUCCCAAAAUUUCCUUGUGAGAGAGAUUGGAGAUGCUCAGUUCUUGACAUUUCUCCCCAGCCUCGUGCAGCUUGAUCUGUCCUUUAACUUUGAGCUGAAGGUGUAUUCUCCUUUCUUGCAUCUUUCUACGACAUUUUCUUGCCUCUCUAACCUGGAAACCCUGAGGCUCAAGGGGUAUGUCUUUAAAGAACUGAGGGCACAAGAUCUACAUCCACUGCUCAGUCUUCGGAAUCUAACCAUGUUGGACCUCGGGACUAAUUUUAUUAAAGUUGCAGACAUGACAGUGUUUGAAGAAUUCCCAGCUCUUAAGUUCAUUGACCUCUCUGUGAAUAAAAUUUCUCCUUCUUCAGGGGAAAGCAACUUCUGUGGAUUUUGCUCUAAUGCUGGUAUUUCAGUCGAGCAGUACAGCAGGCAAGUACAACAAGAAAUGCAUUAUUUCAGGUAUGAUGUGUAUGGGCGAAGUUGCCGUUCCAAAGACGUAGAGGUUUCUUCCUACCAGUCUUUAGUUAAGGAAGAUUGCCUUAACUACGGAAAAACUCUGGAUUUAAGCAGAAACAAUGUAUUUUUUGUUAACCCCUCAGACUUCCAAGGACUUCGCUCCCUCAAAUGUCUCAACUUGUCAGGUAAUGCAAUAAGUCAAACUUUAAAUGGAAGUGAAUUCUCUUACUUGUCUGAAUUGAAAUAUCUGGAUUUUUCUAACAACAGGGUUGAUUUGCUAUACCAAACUGCUUUCAAAGAACUAAAACUUUUAGAAAUUCUAGAUCUGAGCAAUAACAAAUAUUAUUUUCUUGCGGAAGGUGUUACUCAUGUGCUUAGUUUUAAUUCUUGGUCAGUGUGA